CAAAUCUCGUUUUUAAAAUACACACACGAGGAGAAACAAAACGUCUAAUGUGAAUUAAAAAACAAAAAAGGUUUUGCGUAACGUGCGUUCGAAAAAGUUGACUUGACAUGUAAUCUCUGCUGGUAUUUUAUGUAACAUCUUGUUGCGUUAUUGGAAAAAAAAUUAUAAGCAAAAAGAUUAAUAUCGUGUUUGUGUUUUCGACACGACUGGUGUAAACGAGAGUCUAACCUAUAAAUAAUGAGCAACAAAGCUAACAACGGAGGUGAAAUAGAUCCUGUGCAGGAACAGCUGACUGGCCGAGUGCGGGAAGUUGGGAAUUAUGCAAUCUGGAGUUUGUCCAGCUGUAAACCCGGAUUUGGGGUGGAUCAAUUAAGAGACGAUAUCACAGAAACUUACUGGCAAUCGGACGGACAAUUGCCGCAUUUAGUGAAUAUUCAGUUCAAGAGAAAGACGACCAUUCGUGACAUAUGCAUCUACACAGAUUACAAGCUGGAUGAGAGCUACACUCCCAACAGAAUAAGUAUCAGAGCCGGAACUAAUUUCAAUGACCUUCAAGAAGUAGAAGUAAUGGAUUUGAAUGAACCUAGUGGUUGGAUUGUCAUACCUAUUAAAAAUAUUAAUGACCGCCCUAUCAGAACAUUUAUGAUUCAAAUAGCAGUAAUUAGCAAUCAUCAAAAUGGCAGAGACACUCACAUGAGACAGAUCAAGGUUCACAGUCCUGCGCAGGAUAUUCUUGGUCCACCAGCGCCUUAUAUCCCGGGACAAUUUCUUACUAACGAAUUUUUACGCUAUGCCACUAUAAGAUAAGAUAUUAGAAGCCAGAUAUAUAAGACUUACAAAAAUUGUAAAUGUUUCGAAAGAUCUGCCAUUGACGGACCACGCGGCAGUGGAACAUGUUAAGCAAUAAGAUAUUUUAUUUACUUGUUGCUUUACUUGAAGCUUUUAAUAAAAUUG